AUGUCGAAAGAGGACAAAGUUACGGAAUUGACGUCGCCCAGUACGCAGGCGGCGUAUCGUGAAUAUUCAUCCAUGCGACGUCAAGUCGACAUAAAGGAGAGUGAAAGUCACGAAAUGCUGCUGGGAUCGGGUGGCAAACGACCCAAGAAGUUUUUUGGGUGGUACAUGACCAAGAAACAACGUGUUCUCGCCAUAAUAACACUCUUGAUGCUGGCGCUGCUUGUUGUUCUCUUUAUUGUGUGGUUCGUCGUUCUUCCUGCUAUAGUCCGACACUAUACUAAUAGCGUCCAAAUAGCAUUAAACUACAUGGAUAUUUUGAACAUUCCGGACAGCAAGACUCUGGCAGUGAAUGUAAGCUUGAACAUCCAACAUGACGUAGCCAUCGCUGCCACGACAAAUCCCACCGUUGUAUCGCUACUCUAUGAUGGCGCCGAAUUUGUUAUGCUGCCGUUCCCCGGACUAGACAUAACUUCCGGAUCACAGAGCUAUAACAUCAGCAUCGAGGCUGACAUACCCAUUACAGACCAAAACGUGUUUAACGCGAUGUUGGUCGCUGCCAUAAAUGAAGCCGAGAUUAAGUUCACGGCCAUCGCUUCGCUUGAAGCUCGAGCGUUGGGAAUGUCCUUCACGGACCUCAGCUUGGAGCGCGACUUGACAUUUGAGGGCUUCAACGCUUUCAGCGACCCAAAUCCCACAAUUGAAGAAAUCGAGCUCACGGCCUGCAGUGAGUCCGAGUAUGAACUAAAUAUUAACGUGGUACUGAACAACUCAGCUCGUUUGGGACUGGAAGGAAUCGGUGAGUUCAACAUGAGUCUCUACAGCGGACAGCAGUACUUGGGCUACGCGUUGUCACAGAAACCGGAUCUAGGUAUUCCGCGCGGUGUGAGCAACCAAUCCUUCAGCGUAAUAGUGGAUGCGACGGCCGUAUCGAUUUCCAGCAUGUUGGUUUCGGGUUUGACAAGCAGCUCGCACUUCUUCAUUGUGGGGGACAACCCUUACGUGACUACACACGAUCAAUUCACUCAGGCUCUGAGCAAUGUGAACAUGAGUGUGCCGUCCGCCAAAGGAUCAUUUACCAAUAUGAAGGUCGGGCCCACGUGUAACUUGCUCUCGUUACUCGGCUAA